UUUCUGUUAUGAGAAGGUCAAAUUACCGAGCGUGUCUGUUAUACACAACUGAGGUACUUGCUGAUGAAUUGACAUCGAUGCUGUUUAGUUUGUGUCUGAAACCGGUGCUUGUCAACAACUGAUCAUGGCACACGCCUCCAUCUGAAAGUGGACUCCCUCCCCAGAAGACCUGCCAUUUCAUCUCAUUACGAGCAGUCAUUUGAAAAGGGGAUUCUGCCAAGAUGUUCAGCACCAAAAGAUUGAAGAAGAAAUCCCAGUCGGUGGAUAUCGCGACGCACGGAUACUCCCCCAAUCUGGCAGCGGGACCUCAAGCGUCGCUGCUCAGCAGGGCUUCUCCACCUGUUGCCAGGACAACCACAUUCGCGGUGCAAGAAAACAACGCAACCAACUCCCAAAGAUUUGGCCCCCGAUGCGGCGAGCUACAGCGAUGCUACACUAUAGACACCGGCCAGAAGAAGACUCCGGAGAAGAAGGAUGGCCGCCGCAUGUCCUUCCAGAGACCGAAGGGGACCGUCGAAUAUUCCGUGGAAUUGCGCGACACGUUGAACAGCAUUGCGCUGAAGUUUGACACGACCCCCAAUGAGCUCGUUCAGCUGAACAAGCUCUUCUCCAGAGCGGUCGUUCCCGGCCAGGUUCUGUACGUUCCUGAUCCUGAGUACGUCUCCAGUGUGGGCAGCUCCCCCUCCCUCAGUCCCAUCAGCCCCCUGUCUCCCUCCUUCUCCUCGGCAGACUUAGAGAAAGUGACGAAUUCAGAUGGGGCUUCGCAGCCUCCGACAGAAGGCCCGCGCCAGGCCAGCCUCAGCCUCCGCCCCGCCCGCGUGGUGUCGUCCACCUCGGAGGAGGAAGAGGCCCUGACUGAGAGGUUCCUCAAGAUCAACUGCAAGUACAUAACAGAGGGCAAGGGUGCCGUCAGUGGUGUGCUUCUCGUGACGCCCAACAACAUCAUGUUCGACCCGCUCAGGACCGACCCGCUGGUGCAGCAGCGCGGCUGUGAGGAGUACGGCAUUAUGUGCCCCCUGGAGGAGGUCAUGUCUGCCGCGAUGCACCGGGAAAUUACCGACAGCAAAAUCAGAGAGUCCGUUCCACCAGACCUGGAGCAGCCCUCAUCAGAACAGGACGUGUGCCACCCGAAGAGAAUAUCUUCGAGUUCCGCGGACGGGACGCAACCGCGGAGUGUGGGCUCUGGUGCCGGCAUCCAGGCGUCCCUCUCUGAGGACGUCUUCACCGAGCCCGACCUCUCGCCCAUCCGAGAGGAGCUGUUGGGCUCCGACGAGCCUCUACACGACGAGCCCGCGGGCGCCUCCGGCGAGUCCGUCCCGGCCGCUGUCACCGCCACUGCCGCCGCCGCGGCCGAGCCAGCGGGCCGGCGGGAGAGCCAGGGGCCCGGGGACAAUCCAGACAGCCGUACCGCCCGGCCCCCGUCCACGGCGGGGACCGAGCAGCGCGGCGCGGAGCGGGCGCCAAGCGUGGGCACGCCCGCCGGCAGGGACCCGGGAGAUGGGGCGGAGUCAAGCCCCGCCUCCGAUUUGCAGGGCCCCGCCCCCGAGCUGUCCGCCCAGGAGGACCCCGGGAAGGGCAAGCUGGUCAGAGAGGGGACGGGGGAGUCGGAGACGGACGUGGAGGAGCUGAGGAAGAUGUGGAAGAGUCACACUAUGCAACAAGCCAAGGAGCAGAGGGAGAAUGUACAGCACACACACAAGGAGGGAACACCAGCCAGCCUAGAACAGGCAGCCGAGGGGCCCCGCCCAGCAGAAGGGCCAGCGAUGCUCGUGGAGAAGCGGAGACCCCAGGCUCACAAGUUCCUGUGCCUGCGGGUGGGCAAACCCAUGAAGAAGACCUUCAUCUCCAACGCCAGUGCCUCCAUGCAGCAGUACGCGCAGAGGGACAGGAAGCACGAGUACUGGUUCGCCGUCCCUCAAGAGAGGUCGGACCACCUGUACGUGUUCUUCAUCCAGUGGAGUCCCGACAUGUUCGGGGAAGGGCUGGGAGGCCUCGGCCGGGAGCCCGGCUUCAUGGUGGUGAAGAAAAACGAGGAGUCCGAAUCCGGGGAGGAGCCGCCGGACGCAGACGUAACCAAGGAGUGGGAGGUAGUGUCAUUGGCUGAGUAUCACCGCAGGAUCGAUGCGCUAAACAGCGAAGACCUGCGCGCGCUCUGCAAACGUCUCCAGAUCUCGACUAAGGAGGAGGUCAACUCCACGCAUGGCACCUCCAUCAAGACUGACCUGGAGCCAGAGACGUUCAGACCCAACCUCAGCGAGCCAAGCGACCUUCUGCUGCCAGAUCAAAUUGAGAAGCUGGCGAAGAACCUCCCACCUCGAACAAUCGGGUACCCCUGGACGCUGGCCUUCGGCACGUCGAAGCACGGCAUGAGCAUAAAGACGCUGUACCGUGCAAUGCAGGGCCAGGACACGCCCGUUUUGCUGGUCAUCAAAGACAGCGACGGAGGGAUCUUUGGCGCGUUAGCGUCAGAGCCCUUCAAAGUCAGCGACGGCUUCUAUGGGACCGGGGAGACCUUCCUCUUCUCCUUCUACCCAGAAUUUGAGGUAUUCAAGUGGACAGGGGACAACAUGUUUUUCAUCAAGGGAGAUAUGGACUCCUUAGCAUUUGGAGGUGGAGGGGGCGAGUUUGGGCUGUGGCUGGACGGAGACCUCUAUCACGGCAGGAGUCACUCGUGCAAAACAUUUGGCAACCCUAUGCUGUCCAGGAAGGAGGACUUCUACGUGCAGGACAUCGAGAUCUGGUCGUUCGAAUAAGACUCCUGGGGGGGCGGGAGGCGGGGGGUUGGGUAGGGGGGGAUUAUUGAAAUGUAGGACCUCCCCAAAACACCAGUGUCCCAAACCUGACUGCGCAUUACCUCGACUCCCCGGACGGCCGGCGAGAAAGCGUGCGACCAAGCUUACUGUCUGUUACUACUGUUACUACUUGCGUCAAUACAGAGCUUAUUUGUGAAGUUACUAUUGGUGUGUUUUCUCAGAGUUGAGUGCAGGGAGGACGCGGGGGACCGGGGAGGGGGGGGGGGAUUAGGGGUUUGGAGGGUGACGUAGGGAGCCACAGAAAGGCAUGCCGUUGGUAUGUUCAUGGAAUUAUGGGAUUGAAGACCAUCGGAGCAUUAACACCUCAGGUGCCGAUGAUGGUAGCACAGGUUUGGGACCAGCAGAGGAACUGCGGCAACAUAUGCAGAUACAGAGCUGACCCCCCUCUUUCCGGAUCUUUCCUCGUACCAUCCUCGGUCGGGUAAUUCGUACUUGGCGCAGGCCUUAAACUGUGUCCGAGAGGAAGUGCGCAAAGCCGACGGCGCAAGGUUUCAGCUGCGUGCAACGCCUAAACACGUCCGCAGGUUAGGACCCUGCGAAACGCCAACAGUUCCCACCUGGCUGUUGCCCUGGGAAGCAAAGUAUAGAGUACUUUGUAUUAUAGUUCUCCUGUCAUUCACCCAUCAUUGCGUACCAUCUCCAAGCACAUAGCUAUAAUCAGAAUACCCAUAGUCGUACUGUUCUGUUAAGUGGGUGUAUGUGUGAGUUCAGCUAACACCUCCUCCAGCCAGGAGCUGUGUGUACUGUUCGUAGACAGUAAUGUGUUGCAAUAGAUUUGUGGAAUAUGCAAAUUACUGUCAUGUGACCUCAAGUAAUACGGGGGGCACUUUGUCUACCUGUUGUUCUUUCAGAGAGAACUUGUAAAGCUUUUACGUCUUGACAAAUAAUUGCUUUUCUGGAUAUAAUUUGAAAAGCCUGAGACGUGGUUUAUUGUUUUACAUAAAUAUAUUGCAAUUAUAUAUUUAUAUAUAUGUGAUUAUAUAUAAAUAUAUAUAAUUAUAUAUAUUGCUGUUAUAAGUGUGACAGUGAUCUUUCUUUGUGCUGACAUUUCAGCUGCUACAAAUAUAAUGUAUAUUACCCUGUAAAUUAAUGUUAAAAUAGUAGAUUUGUUCCUAUAUAUAAAUAUACAUAAAUACAUAUAUAUAAAUAUAAAUAUAUAUAAAGUGUGGAUUGGUGGGUUGCUUAUAGCACUUUAAUCUUAGUAUACAAGCAUAAGGCCAGGUUCUUGGGUACAUUAGCAGUAGCUGUACAGUCAGUUUUCUUUGUUUAGAUCAUGAAGAUGUUAACUGUUCAUAGGAAGCUUGCUGCUGCAGUAUUUAUUCAAAAAAAAAAAAAAGUUACCGGGCAGUUCCCAAACGCCCAGCGUUACAGAUGAAGAGAACACCGCGGGCGCUGAACGUCGAAGUCCAGCGCAGUGAAUUUCUCCUCUCCAUGUUACCUGUCCAGUGGUGUGUCACGUUGUUAGCGUGUAGACAAUGUUUACAGACAGCUAGAGGACGCGGAGAUGUAAAUAACAAUUUUUUUUUCUCAGUAGCUUUUUUUUUUUUUCUUUCUCUCCCCCUCUCUGGUCUUCCACAGCAGUGUUAGUGUCCCUGUGGAGUCACAAAGAACUACAUGAAUAAGUCCUCCAAUUAAUUUCACCAGAUUACAGUGUAACAGUGAUGUAUAAAUAACAAUACAAAUGAAUAAAUUGUCUAACCUGGGA